AACACGUAGUUUACACCUUGAGAUCGCGAGCACUUUAGCGUCACUCCAUAUCCGUACCUAUAAAAUCCCGUGCAUCACACGCACUCAUAAGAUGUCGGAUAUGAUUUCGUUCUUUCUAUAGAUCUCCGCCGACAGAAAAGAGGGUCGCCAAAAGGCAGGCCCAGAAGCCCCUCUGUCUCGCUAUCUUUCUACACGUUUUUUCUUUUAAAAGUCAGAAAUGAUUAAAAAAUGCUUAGAGAUUCCAGUUCAUGCGAGCAAAAGGAUGGCGUUGAUCGCACUCCAUUCCCAAGAAACCCCCCAAAAAGAGCAAUUUUUUUCUUUUUUAAAAAUAAAUCCAAUCAAAUAACUGAACGGGAACAAACAAAAAAUAUCGUAGAUAAGACAGCCUUUUCGAGCCAUAUAUAUAUAUAUAUAUGUACAUUUGCCAGUUCAUUUCCUUCAGACUUCUCUUUCCUGUCUAAUAUCGGUCAUUUUCCCAUACACUGACAACCACAGCUUUCACCCAACCUCCUUAGAUCUCUCCUCGAUAAUUUAACUCUGAAGCUUCGAAAUCAAUUCUUGGAAUGACUCUCUGAUUGAGUUUUCUGUGCUUUUUAGUUCUGUUAUUUAUUGUUUUGAGUUGGAUCUGAUUUUGUAUCAAAAUGGACGGUGGUGAUGGUACGCUGAAACUGGGGGCUCUGAACUUGAAGUCGGAUCGGAGCGGCUUUGAUUCGGGCCCUGAUGUUUCUGUUUCAUCGCCAGUGACCAGACAGAAAGCUGCUGCGGCGAAACAGUUCAUAGAGAAUCACUAUAAGAAUCACUUGCAAGGAUUACAAGAUCGUAGAGAUAGACGUCGAGCACUUCAAAGGAGAGCAGAAGAGGCUCGGGUAUCAAAUGAAGAACAAGAGGAGAUGAUGAGGAAUUUGGAACGCAGAGAAACUGAGUAUAUGAGGCUGCAACGACGUAAAAUUGGAAUAGAUGACUUUGAACAGUUAACUGUGAUCGGUAAAGGUGCAUUUGGUGAGGUCAGGUUAUGCCGAGCCAAAAGCACUGGAGAGAUAUUUGCCAUGAAAAAACUGAAGAAGUCUGAGAUGCUUAGCCGUGGGCAGGUUGAGCAUGUCCGAUCUGAGAGGAACUUACUUGCAGAGGUUGAUAGUCGAUGCAUUGUAAAACUUUUCUAUUCUUUUCAAGAUUCUGAUUUCUUAUACCUUAUCAUGGAGUAUUUACCUGGUGGAGACAUAAUGACACUAUUGAUGAGAGAAGAUAUUCUUUCUGAAGAGGUUGCACGCUUUUAUAUAGCUGAGAGCAUUCUAGCUAUCCACUCAAUUCACCAGCACAAUUAUGUUCAUAGGGACAUAAAGCCAGAUAAUUUGAUACUGGACAAAAAUGGCCAUUUGAAGCUUUCAGAUUUUGGCUUGUGCAAGCCCCUGGAUGAUAAGUAUUCAACAAUUUUACUGGAAAAUGGAGAUAUUUCUACUCAAGAAACAAAUGAAGUUGGAGUACAUUCUGGCAGCGAUAGAGUUCCGUGGCCAAUGCCAAAAGAAAAAUUACAACAAUGGAAACGUAAUCGCCGUGCAUUGGCCUAUUCAACUGUUGGAACUCUUGAUUAUAUGGCACCUGAAGUGUUGCUAAAGAAGGGAUAUGGAAUGGAGUGCGAUUGGUGGUCGCUGGGUGCAAUCAUGUUCGAGAUGCUUUUAGGCUAUCCUCCAUUUUGUUCUGAUGAUCCCAGGAUCACAUGCCGCAAGAUAAUCAAUUGGAAAACAUGCCUGAAAUUCCCUGAUGAACCAAAGAUAUCAAAUGAGGCCAAAGACCUUAUUUGCCACUUGCUCUGUGAUGUUGAAACAAGACUGGGGACCAGAGGAGUUGAUGAAUUAAAGGCACAUCCAUGGUUCAGGGGCAUUCAGUGGGAUAUGCUGUAUGAAAUGCAAGCUGCGUAUAAGCCUAUAGUCAAUGGAGAUCUAGACACUCAAAAUUUUGAGAAGUUUCCGGAUUUGGAGGGCCCACCAUCCACGAUACCAAGAGUGGGACCAUGGAGGAAGAUGUUGACAUCAAAAGAUACCAAUUUCAUUGGAUUCACUUUUAGGAAAUCAGACAUCCUUAACUCACUGGAAAGUUCAGGUGCAGAUGUGAACUCAAAUGUAUCUUUUAAGGCGCCAUCUUUAAUCUCCUUGUUAGGUCGGAUUGACCUACAAGAGAAUGUGUUAUCAGAAGAGGAGCAAACUCACGAAACUUAAUUUCCAAAAUCACGCCUUGCCUUGAUUGAAAUUGUUAUUCCAAGUUUCUUCACAAGAUAAUCCUCAGGGAGGAAUUAUACAAUACAGGACCUAGCAAGAGCUUAUUGUGCAGGCAUGAAUAAAGACAUCAACUUUCGAGCUGAUGUGAUCUUGAUCUUGAUUCUGUUCAAUUUUUUUUCUUGCACCCAAAAUGAUUUGAUACUGUAAAUCCGGUAAAUAGUCCAAUUCAACUCCAAUAUAAUUUUUUUUUUCUUCAAGCGCUUAUUUAUUUUCCUUUAUCCCUGUCAAGAUCGGGCAUUGUCUAUACAAUUUUGUAUUUGUUUUAAUUGUUCUUAAACAUGCCCUAGUUGUAUAUUAAAAUACAUGUUUUUGUGCUUUUCGUUCUCGUAUUGAAAGCUUCAUAAUUCGUCCA